ACAGAUCUCAGCCGCCCUUUCUCGUGAGGCUCGUAAUGGCUGCAGCUACAAUGUUUUGUUUUAAACUUUUUAUCUUAAUUUACUACUUUGGUUUUUGUGUCAGUGGACAAGGAUGUGAACAACACAACGUGUCCUGCAACAACAUUAUGAUUGGUGAUGGCUUCAACUUCUUCAUUCUGUGUAAACCAUCAGACAAAACACAAAUUCAGCAAAAUGGGAUUACCAUCGCUCACAGGAAUUAUGGAAAUAUCGAGCAGCUUCCAGAUGUACUUGAAAUGGACAACGACACCAUUUUGACAAAAAGUUGUGUGAACACCACAAUCAGGUGCAGCUAUAAGCACCCCAAGACCAUGGAAAAGGUCGAACGCUGUGUGACAUUUGUAACUACUGACACAAAUCCAAGUGACCAAAAGAAGCAUGCCAGUGUCGGGGGGAUCAUUGGCUUUUGGGCCAUGGGCGUGGUUGCUGUUCUGGUUGGAUUUGCUUUCCUGGUAUUUGUGUGCCAUUAUUGCAGUUGGCGAAGAACCAAGAGAAAGCAGAAUGUUGCUGCAACAUUUGGAGGCUAUUGCAAACAUCUGGGAACCACUCUCAGAAUUUGUUGCAUUAGUAGGCCGGAUGGACAAGGUGACAUUGGUCAGAGCCAUGAUGACAAUCAUGACAGCUCUACGGAUGCUGGGAACACUAGAACACCUAUGCUUCCGGGAGCUGAUGAACAAUUGGAAAUGCAAGAUGUUCAGGUUGGAAAUGGCUCUUCUGCAGCAUAUUGACGUGGAGUCACCAUCUGGCCAGAAGAACCAAAGAGAAAAUAAAUACGAUAUAUAUAUAUAUACAUACAUAUAAAUGAAUCAAUCUAUUUUAUAAUACGAUAUGAUACUGUUUGCGAGAGUGAAUUCCAAUGCGGAAUACUGAUGGAUGCGGUGGACGCAUACACAGAUGUAUUAUAAAACAAAUAAUAUUUAUAUUAUUUAUAUUAUUCAUAUUUAGGGGCCGCACGGUGGUCUAGUGAUUAGCAUGUUGGCCAACACAGUAACAGUCUGGAGAUUGGGAAGACCUGAGUUUGUUUUUUCUUUGAGCGGAUUCUUUGAUACUCCACAACUGCAUUCUGAAUUGGACUACCUCAUGUCAUCUUCUGAGGAAUGGAAAGAAGAAACCUUUUACUGUUGGAUAAGCACGGACUACAACUUUACCACAACCUCAUCUGUGCAAUCAAGUGAGGAGGAGAUGAAUUCAAAAGAACUUGAAGUUUGCCAUCAAUGCAGUUCUCUCCCUGAACCAUCUCAGGAGCAACUUAGAGGCUUGAGAAGUUCCAGGUGUUCACCGACCCGUACAAUCGCGCCGGGAUUAGGAUUAUCCCUUAGCAGUGAAUUUUUACCUGUAGAACUAUUUGUCUUAACUGCCGACAUAUCAACCGGUGUAAGAUUACGAGACUUCUUUGGAAAAUAACGGUUCUUCUUAUCCAGAUAUAUGUGAAGGGAGCUCAUUUGUCAUCCUUCAGGCUAGCUUUACAUGUAUUAUUAUUUUGUUUCAUUUUUACUGCUUACACGCCCUUGCUUUCCUAUUAAACGCUUUUCCCUUCUGUCAAAAGAGUGCCACCUUGAGUCUUCUGUGAUAUGAAAGUAUGAAAAAAAUUCCUUUUUUCUGCUGGCGAAUACAUGAGUAAAUUAUCCCUAGCCCUUACCAAAAGCAACUAACCAUAAGAGGGGGCACAGCUAUAAAUUAGAGGGUUCAGCAUUAGUGCGUAGUCUGGAUGUAGUGCGGCCGCCUUUUAGGGUUGGGCAGGUUUGAAUUUGAAGGAUUCUAAUUCUGAUUUCUUGUUUUGAUUCCGAUUCCUAAUGAGUCUCGAUUCCGAUGCUUUUAAGAGGCAGGGUCAUAAAAGUUUGCAUGGUUUAAAUGAGGGCACCAACCAGUUAUUUUUGGAUGAAAUGUCUGAACUUCUCCAUGGAUUUUUAAAUUACAUGAACUUUCUAUCAACUUUACUAUAAUUUUUUGACAGGGCUAUUUUCAAGCAGUAUAUAAGUAUCAAGUUACUUUUUACAGGUGUACACUUUCAUAAAAGAUGUUUACUUUGUACUUUGUGUGAGUUGAGACGGUCCCUUGACUGUUGCUACUGUGCAAGUGAAUAAACUUGCCUAGCCGUAGCUCCCGACAAUAUUCAAGGCUGCAAUACACUCGAUCCCCAAUUUACGAACACAAUUGGUUCCAGACGACCGUUCUUAA